AGACUUCAAGAUCCUGAAGCACACCCUCACUUCAUAAAUCAGCUGCUAUUAAAUAAAACCAGGACAAUGAUGAGUGCCAGUUAUGGCAUCGUUCGCUUAAUGCCACCUCUCCAUAGGUAAAUAAAGAAAAUAGUAGAAGAUGUACCUCAUGGAGAAUGAUGAACCAUAAGUGUCUGUGGUUAUGUGAUGGUGCAAUUUGGCAGAAUCCUUAUAACACACUAAUACGGGUAGCAUCCUUUAACACAAGAGAGGUAAAGAAACCCAUGUCAAAAACUCAAAUAAGGAAGCAGGAUUUGACGACAAAAUUAAAGGAUUCUGCUACUAUUUGUACGUGGUUGCCAAAGAUAAGUAUUGAAGGCAAUAACUACACCCCAAUGAUUUGCUCAAAAUAUAACAUUCAUUGCAAAAGUAAUUUAAAUUUCCAGAAGCAACCUAAUGACUUCCCAGAAGAAAAUAUGGUAUCUAAAAACAGUAAUGGUGUGACAAACAAGGAAAGUGAGAAGGUUAAUUCCUCCAGGAAUGUUACCUCCUCUGAUGAUGCAGCAAUAGACCCAGCAUCCAUUCAAUCCUCAGAAAGCUCAAGAAAAACUAAAAAAGAAAUAAGUAUGGAUAACACUGUAAGUGAAAAACUUCCGUCUCGAAUUCAGAAUUAUUUCUUAAAACGAUAUUCUUGGUACUUAAAGAACUUCCAACAAUCUUUGGAAAAUGAAAUGCCUGACACCUUCAACAUGUUUCGAAUCUUCACAGUUGGAGUUCGAAAAUUUGUUUUUGAUUUCAAAGACUUCAUCAAGCUGAUGGUACAGUUAAACCUGCCAGGCUGCACCUUACGCACACUCAACCAUCAUGAGUUGGAACUUUACUACUACAUGCCUAGAGACAUGAUCAGGGUUUUCCCUGUUCUCCUCAUAUCUUCAAUACCCUUUGGACAGAAUAUAGCUUUUCCUAUUGGGUACUGGUUUCCCCGUUAUCUUUUAUGCCGCCACUUUUGGGAUAUUCAGCAGCGCCAUGAUUUUGCAGUAUUAGCCUUAAAGAAAAGGUUGUUCAAUGCUCGACCAGUCUUCAGAUCACUACAAGCUGCUCUUUAUACAAUUGCUGAUGAAAAAUAUCAAGAGAAAUGCAAAACAGCAUUUUAUAAACUGGGUUCUGGAAUUCAUCCAACUGUUGAUGAAAUAGUCUCUCUUUUACCAGUAUUUAAAGAAGAACCCUUCCACAUCAACAGGAUAUUUUCCACCCAUGUGAAUGGAUUGCUGAGACUCCAUGGACGGUCAGUUUGGUGGAGGCGACGUCGUCGAUUGGAGGACCAUGCACAUAUACUGCAUUGCAUGGAUGCAGCAAUAUCAAGGGAAGGGAUUGAUUCACUGGAUCAUGACCAACUGAAAUCAUGUUUAUUUCUUCGAGGACUCAACCCAACGAACAUGAGUAGGGUAGCCAUGAUAGAGUUUCUAGAAAGUUGGCUCAGAGUGUCACGGGAAGUUGAGGCUUCAACUUAUUCUCUGCUUCUCCACUUGCCCAUUUUUCUAGCCUAUAAUCAACCUUCUAAUAUUGUUUUAAUAUAUUAAAAUAUCACUAAUAUGUAUACCUGCACAUAUUAUUUGUUAAUUUCUAUUUCUUUGAUAUUUUUGUCAAGCCUUACAUAAAACCCAUCACUGUUAAUGUAUUUUAAAGCAAUUUUGGUGGCAUAUCAUUAAAUGAAGUGGCACUGUCA